CAACAUGCGCACUCUUCCGAACUUGCUCCAUGGCAUGAUGUCGAGAAGGGGCUUGCAUGUCUUUCAACGCACUUUCAACAAGCAAUCAAAAUGCAACAGUCGCCUGGCUCACAACACCCUUUCCCAAUUUAAUUCGACUCCUCAACCGAGACCGUUCUCGUCGUUCCCUGUGCGAAUCAUCCACACCCCCGCCACGACUGUACCAUCGACUAUCAGUUCACUCCCUGCGUUCUUCCUUCAAUUUGCUCGUACGCAGCUGCGUAAUGCAACUCAUAGAGACGUGCUUCGUUUCAGGUUUGCUUCCUCCCGUCCCCCACCUCGCAGGCCAAACCGCCUAGAUUCAAUCAACGGAAACGUCAUAUUCGUCGCCAUCAUCGCAAUAAACGCUGGCGUUUUUCUUCUCUGGCAAGGCGCCAAGUCCACAUACCAAACCACUCGCGACCCCACACUCUACAUCUUCCUCCGGAACAACUUUUUGGUGAAUUGGGAGAACAUCACCUCCGGUCGCGUGUGGACGCUCAUUACCUCGUGCUUCUCCCAUCAAGACAUAGAGCACGCAUUGUUCAAUGGCCUUUCAUUCUACUUCAUGGCCCCUGGCGUCAUGCAAGUCCUCGGGAACUCGCGUUUUUUGGGCCUCUACUUUCUCGGUGGCAUCGCAUCCAGCAUGAUGAGUCUCGUGUGGAACCGUUUCUACAAGCAUGACUCCAACAUGUCUUCGCACGGUGCUAGUGGCGCGAUACUGGCAACCGUCGCGUUUUACGCCUGCGCAUUCCCAAGGACGACAUUUUUAAUUUUCUUCGUCGUCCCUUGUCCUGCAUGGGCGUUCCUGCCCGGGAUCCUCGCGUUUGAUGUGUAUAGGAGUGUAACAGAUGCCAAAACGCGAACGGAUACAGCAGGUCACGUCGGCGGAAUGCUAUCAGGCAUAGGUUUCUUCCUAUGGAAAAUGGCUCUUCGACGCUAGACUUGCUGCUGCGAUAGUAUUUCCUGCUCCACUCAAUCCAUAGAAGAAUUUAUUACGCAGCAUAUGAGGUGUAAUAUAAACAAGACUGGCGCUGU